CAAUCAAAAGGACUUCUUGAUGCACUGGCAGCUUUUUUCAUUAAGCUCGACCAUGCAGCUUGUCGGCAGAGUAUCAAAGAUUGGGAAGCAUUUGCUGAGACUCUUCACAUGUAUUUUGCGACACAUGAGAAGAAUAGUUUGGAGGAGCUUUGGAACGACCGAUCUGAUUGGUGGCCACAAUAUCACUUUCGUCAGGAUCUGGUACCUUCCAAAUAUCAAGUGUCAGAGACUGACUGGCAACUGGCCCAACACAAAGCUGAUGCAGCAAGAUGGCUUCUCGGGAAAAGUAUGGUUACUAUAAUUUUAUUUGAGUUGACAUCAUCAUUAAUCUUUAAAAAGUGGCUGCUUGCCACCAUGUCAACAUUAAAGUUUGACGUAAUUUGAAUCUUAUCUCAGCAACAUCAACAGUGAGGGUGCUUUCCAAAAGUCAGAACUGGCCGGCCAGACCAUGACCAGACCAGUCAUUAUUAUUUUUGUAAAUUAAAUAAACUUUUUCCAAGAGUUUUUGCUGAAAAACCAUCUCCUUCGUGCAUAAUAUUAAGGAUUUGAUAGAUCUGGAUGUAGUUUAGAUUAUAAGUGAAAUUCUCAUUAUGAUGAGAAUGGUCUGGCCGGUCAGCUCUGACAAAUAAAAAGCACCCUAAGUUUAUCUCAACAAAGUUUUUCUGGGGAAAGGAAGUUUGGUUAUAGAACUCUUAGUGGCUGUUUGUACAAGAUUAUAAAGUGGUCUUACUUUUCGUAAAGUUCUUUUCAACUCCUCACCACAUUCUCGCAAUGUAUUUUGAGGGAAUGUUUUCAUAAUUCGAGAACAAACAGGGACUCCUGAAGGAGUGGUGGUGGGGGUGGAGCAACCCCUUCUUUGGCCUGGAACUGCUGCUGGACAGCCAUGAGAGUCAGGGUGGGUGUUAGUCUGUACUUUAUUCACAACAUUUUAUGCAUGUGCAUGGUAAACAAGUGCUCCUCAUCUUAUUAUAAGGUUUUUUGUUUUAAACACUGAAGCAAAAAUGAAAAGAUUUUGUCUUGGAAAGAGUCAGUGUUUGAAGGCCUCAGCAACACAACUCUAUGUAAGCUUUCCCCUGGGUACUGGGUUAAACUUUCGAAAUAUUGUUACAAUGUUGGUUGAGAGAAUGUCCUGAAAUGCUGAGAUUAUGCUGGUUGAAACAGUCACAAGGUUCCAUUGACAAGAUGAAGUGCAUUUAAGUCAUCGCCAAUUGAUGAGCUUGGGAACUGGUGCCUAAAAGGUUAGCGGGGGAGGUCAAAUGCCAAAAAUAAGGCAAAGAGGUAACCAGGCAACCCUGGAAGCGGGAACCACCCUUGCGAGCAGCUGCUAACUGGCACCGUCACACUGAGAAAAAUACUCAGUGGAAGAGAUACUUAUCAAGUGACAUACUUACCUGCGCACCUAGACAUGACAGCAGGGAGGGAGGAGAGGGAGCAAGAAUCCGCAAAGUUUCUCCAACACAAAGCUAAAAGGUGAUCCGCAACGAUCAGCGAGAAUAGCUGGCAAAAUAAUUAACAAUUAUUGGACGAGGUUGAGCAAUGUGAUUUGUCUGUGGCGUGCGAGACAAUGACAAAUCACGAUAUUUUGCGAUAACCGAGUUCAAUAAUUGUUUUAUCAUUCGAUCACCGAGUUUNACAGCAUCAAUAAAUAAUUAUGAGGAAAGGUUGUGGGAACUGGUAAAAUGAUCCACAGAGGGAAAAUGGUUUGAUCUUUCAUCGAAUUCCCUCAACUGAUUUUGUAAGGAAAUGUAUGGAGAUCAGUGCAGAGAAUUUGUAUGUGGGUAUUAGGGUUUAAAGGGUUAACAUUUUGACAACAAAGAAAUGUUGUAACCAGGGGCAUAGACAGCUCUUAGACCUGUAGGCCCAGGCUUAAAAAUUCUUGGUUUGAUCACUCUACCGCUUGAAAAAAAAUUAUGUGUUGUUGGGGUGAGCUAAAAAGCUUGAGAUCUCAAAGUGUUGGUGAGGUCAGUGCAUUAACUAGUCAUGCGUGCAAUUUUCAGGAUAUGUGGAAAUGACAGUCAGCCAGGCCUACAACUAGUCCAAAAGCUGGCUACGCCUCUGGUAACAGCACAAAUGCUGCGAAAAUGUUGCAUUUGUCUGAAAGGCACUUGACAUUUUGUCUCUUUGUUUCAAAGAAAACCCUUUCACCAAGGCUGUAAAGAGGCAAGAGUCACAGGACAACUCAUCUUAC